AUGGAGGACUACCAUAAACCCGACCAGCACACCAUCCAGGUGCUCAGGAACAUCGCCAACCGCCUACGCAUCAACUGCAUCAAGGCGACGACCGCAGCGGGCAAUGGUCACCCCACGUCGUGCUGCAGUGUGGCCGAGAUCAUGUCUGUGCUGUUCUUCCACAACAUGAGAUACCGCCCUGAAGACCCUCGCCACUACAACAAUGACCGCUUCCUCCUGUCCAAGGGCCAUGCUGCUCCGGCCCUGUACUCCAUGUGGGUGGAGACAGGCUUCAUCAAAGAGACUGAGAUGUUCAGCUUGUGCCAUGCCGACUCCUCUCACGAGAGCCACGCUAUGCAUAAACAGCAUUUUGUGGAAGUAUCUCAUGGCUUCUUGGGUCAAGGCCUUGGUGUUGCAUGUGGAAUGGCCUACACCGGAAAGUACUUUGACAAAUCCAGCUACCGCGUGUUCUGCCUGAUGGGAGAUGGGGAGAUGUCCGAGGGCUCCGUGUGGGAGGCCAUGUCCUUCGCCUCCCACUACCAACUCGACAACCUAGUGGCCAUCUUAGACAUCAACCGCCUCGGACAGAGCGACACCACCCCGCUGCAGCAUCAUGUGGACAAAUACUACAAGCGAUUUGAAGCUUUUGGGUGGCAUGCUAUCAUAGUUGAUGGACACAGCGUGGAAGAGCUGUGUAAAGCUCUGAGUCAACCCCGCCAUCAGCCAACUGCUAUUAUUGCCAAAACUAUCAAGGGAAAAGGCAUUCCAGCUGCUGAGGAUAAGCAGGGAUGGCAUGCCAAGCCCUUGCCCAAAGACAUGGCAGAGAUGGUGGUGAAAGAUUUGCAAAGUCGCAUCACCAACACCACUAAGCACCUGUAUCCAUCUGCCCCCAUCGAGGACUCUCCACCCGUCAGCCUGAGGAACAUCCGGAUGCCAAGUGCACCCAGCUACAAGGCCGGAGAAAAGAUCUCCACCCGAAAAGCCUACGGGAUGGCUCUGGCAAAGUUGGGCCGCUACUAUGAGCGUGUGGUGGCUCUGGAUGGAGACACCAAUAACCUCAGUUACUCUGAGAUCUUCAAGAAUGAACAUCCAAACCGUUUUGUUGAGUGCUACGUGGCCCAACAAAACAUGGUCAGUGUUGCAGUGGGCUGUGCGGCUCGUGACCGAAACUUGGUCUUUUCCAGCACCCUGGCCUCCUUCUUCACCCGCGCUCAUGACCAGCUGCGAAUGGCCGCCAUGUGUGAGAGCAACAUCAAACUGUGCGGCUCCCACGGCGGCCUCUCCAGUGGUGAGGAAGGACCAUCUCUCAUGGGUCUAGAAGAUUUUGCGAUGUUCAGGGCUCUUCCAUCUUCUACUCUCUUCUAUCCGAGCGACGGUGUGACCGCAGAGAAGGCUAUGGACCUUGCUGCCUCAACAAAAGGUUUGUGCUAUAUCCGAACCAGCCGUCAGGACUGCCCAAUUCUCUACAACAGUAACGAGGAUUUCCAUGUCGGACAAGCAAAGGUUGUGUACCAGAGCAAAGAUGACCAGGUGACAGUGGUCGCUGCUGGAAUGAUGAUCCAUGAGGCUUUAGCUGCAGCUGAGCAUCUGAAAAAAGAGAGGAUUUCCAUAAGGAUUAUUGACCCAUUCACCAUCAAACCACUGGAUUAUAAAACCAUCAUUGAUCACGGCCGUACCACAAGAGGCCGAGUGCUGACGGUGGAGGACCACUAUUACGAAGGUGGCCUUGGCGAGGCCUUGAGCUCUAUGAUGGUGAAUGAGCAGGGCUUUAACCUGCAUUGCCUGGCUGUGUCUCAAGUUCCACGCAGCGGAAAACCUCAAGAGCUUCUCAAAAUCUGCGGCAUCGACCGUGACGCCAUUGUCCAGGCCGUCCGCAAACUCAUGAGCAGCUCCACCAAUGCAAAGUAG